UCCCGCUCACUUCCUGACUGUCCUCGCAGGCGGGAGGCGGCGCAGAGGGAGCGUGCGGUGCUGUGCGGGCAUCCCCUGGCCGGAGCGGAGCCGAGCCCCCGCACCAUGCCGGCCGCCGCGCCGCCCCCGCUCCACCCCGCGGCGGGCGCCUGCUGCCACUGCCCGGGACACCAAGGCUUAUUGGACCAUUCGCCACGCAACGCAGGCUCAAAAGUAAAAGAGAGGAAACUGCAUGGGACUUGUCCUCCUGUUGGUCGUGGAAACUAUGAAAAACCAUGUUUGGGUGAAAGCAGCCACAGGUCCUCAUUUUUCAGUCCCCACAAUGGUUUUCACACGAUACAUUCAGAGCACAGUCCUGUGAAGCCAAGGAUAAUUACAGUGGUGAAACCCGGGGGACGCACGCUCCGGAGGAUAACCUUGCUUCUCAACAGGAGAUCAGUCCAGACCUUUGAGCAGCUGAUGGCUGACAUUUCAGAAGCUCUGGGAUUUCCUCGUUGGAAGAAUGACCGUGUGAGAAAGCUGUACAAUCUGAGAGGCAGAGAGAUCCGAAGUGUUUCUGAGUUCUUCAGGGAAGGGGAUGCAUUCAUUGCUAUGGGGAAGGAGCCCCUCACUUUGAAGGACCUGGAGGUGGUAUUACAAGAACUUUAUCCUGAAAAUCCUUAUGCUGCCACUGCUGCCAUUCAGACAAAUGAGGAGCAGUCCCAAAAACUGAAGAGCAGGCUGUAUGACAAGGCCUCAAAAGUAGACAGUAGCUUUGAUGAGACAGAAAUGACCAAGAACUGCAGCGAUGGCUUGUCUUCCCAGCUGGUAGCUGGACAUGAAGGAAAAAGUCAAGCCAAGACAAAACAAGAGGAAAAAAUGAGAACCAAAAAAAAGUGGACUAGAGAGAGCUGGGGUGGUGAGCAUGGAGUGAAACCUUCUAGGAAAACACGGGAAAGUGAAAGGUACCUUAAGCAUGAGAGGAGUUCUGAGGAAGGCUUAGAAGAGAGUUCUGAGGGGGUGCUGAGGUGUGAGAAAUGCGAACAGGAAAGGCAGGCCAGAGAAAAGUUGCGGAGGGAAAGGCAGGCUGAGGCCUCAUUUGAGAAUAGAGACUUGAACACAGGCAUGUGUCAGAGGUACCUUGUAGAAAGAAAUACAAAAGUCAGGAACAACAGAAAGUCUCCUGACACAUGUCUGGAGGGUGAGGAAGUUGGCUGGAAAGAUAAUUGCGGUAGGAGGAUGUGGAAGCCGCUACAUAGGAUUGUUAAUGAAGGGCUGGAGAAGCAAAAAAGGAACACUGAGAAAGAAAGCGAUGUGGAGAAGCAUGAAAACCAUGGGAAGGAAGUAGUAAAAAUCAGGAAGAAUGCUGUAGAAGGGCUCCAGCUAUCUCAUGAAGUGAAGGAGGAUAAUGGAAGUAGCUGUGUAAUGAACCAAAGUGGAUGGCUAAAGAAAGACACUCUGAGAGAUGCUGAGAAAAUGUCUAAAACACAUAGAGAGGGCAGAGAGGGACAAAGGGCUAAAGAGGAAACUGCCAGGAGAGAGGGGAAUGGCACAUGUAGAGAGAGUGACAUGACUCGACGAGAAAAAACAGGGGAGCGCAGAGUGAAUAAAGAAGACAACAAAACUCAGGGAUUGGAAAGCACAAGCCGUAGGCACGCCAUUAAAAGCAGAACUGACGUGGAAAAACACUAUGAGAUUGGCAGAACUAUUGGGGAUGGGAACUUUGCUGUGGUGAAGGAAUGUCGCCACUGUGAUUCCAAUCAGAUCUAUGCAAUGAAAAUUGUUGAUAAAUCCAAGCUGAUGGGGAAGGAGGACAUGAUGGAAAGUGAAAUCCUCAUUAUUCGGAGUCUCUCUCAUCCCAAUAUAGUAAGCUUAAUUGAGGUGUAUGAGACAGAAGCUGAGAUCUACUUAAUCUUAGAGUAUGUCCCAGGAGGGGACUUAUUUGAUGCAAUCAUAGAAAGUGUGAAGUUCACAGAGCAUGAUGCUGCUGUCAUGAUCACUGACCUGUGUGAAGCCCUGGUUUAUAUUCACAGCAAGAAUAUUGUCCACAGGGACCUCAAACCAGAGAAUCUCUUGGUUCAGCACAAUGCAGAUAAAUCUACUACACUGAAACUGGCAGACUUCGGCCUUGCUAAGCAGGUUACAAAACCCAUAUUUACUGUCUGUGGAACACCAACGUAUGUUGCUCCUGAAAUACUUGCUGAGAAGGGCUAUGGCCUCGAAGUAGACAUGUGGGCAGCUGGUGUGAUCCUUUACAUCCUGCUCUGCGGUUUUCCCCCUUUCCGCAGUCAGGACCGUGAUCAAGAGGAGCUGUUUCAGAUCAUACAGCUGGGUCACUACGAGUUCCUAUCCCCUUACUGGGACAAUAUUUCUGCAGCAGCAAAAGACCUCAUCACCAGGCUGUUGAUAGUGGAUCCCCAGAAGCGCUACACAGCACGUCAGGUACUUCAGCACCCCUGGAUCAGAACAGCCGGGAAAACUAACAGCAGGAAUCUGCAGAGGGAAGUGACAAUAAACAUCGAGCGCCAUUUCCGGGCCCAGCGCCGAAAGGAAGUUGUUGAUGAGGGCACAUGAAAUCUUUCAAGCUCAUUUUGUCUUCUUUUUUAUUGAUUAACAAAUUAUUUAUGUUUUCUUUUCUAAAUUAAUUGGGAAUUUAAUGUGUAGCUGUUGGUGGCUAUUGCCAUGCCUUUUUUUUGAUUCUGAGAUUCUGAAGGACUGAGAUCAAAUUCACAUUCACCUCUUCUGAUGUUAUUUGGCAGUCUUUCUGUUGAAAGCAGUUGGGACUAGAUAAAUUCUAGAAGGUGUCUAUUCUUUUUCUUUAAGUACUGAUUUGGGCUUUUACAUCUUUUACAAAUGUUUGCUUCUGUGACUUACACUAGUGGUGAGUCUUCUCUCAUCCUUUUUGUAUUAUAUUCUCCAGGAGUUUUGUGUUUGUAAUGUUUUCAAAAUAGCUGUCUGCAAACACGUCUUACGCUAAUUCUUUAAAGAGUCUUUUCACUAAUUCCUUCUAGCCACAGAGAAGGAAGAAUAAAAAGUAAAUAAAAUGUUUAGCUGUAGGAUAUAUUAAAUAAAUAGCCAGAUACUGUAUUUAUUAGGUUGUGAGGGAAUACAAACCCUUAUUGACUAAAUCUGAUGUUUUAUAUCAUCUCCCUUGGCAACAUCUUUCAUUGGUUUUCCAGGGUAAUAGAUGGUGCGAUGUUCCUGUUACAAGAAGGUAGUGCUGUGUACUGUGUAGGUUUCAUUUGUUUUUAGAAGGUGGAAGAUAUGGAUGAUACCUUUUCAAGAUUCAAAUAAUAACAAGUUUCAAAGAGGUUUUCUUCCUCCUCUGGGCAGUAGGAAGUUAAGCAGUUCUAAGGGCGCUUUGCUUUUUAUACCAGAAUCAUAAUUAUGGAGUGGUAUCUGUCAUUUUUCAAUGUUGAGUUUUUUCCCCUCUUGGAGAUACGCAUGUGCAUCUGUGACUUUUCCAUGCUGAUGGAGAAGAAAAAGCUUGGAAAUUGUGACCAAAGUUAACCCUUGCCUUGACAGUUUCCCUUUCAUCAACAUACUUUUUCAGUGUAGUUUAGCGAUUGUUUUGUUUGGUUGGUUGGGUUUUUCCAUUUCUUGCCCUCGCUGUGACCUUUUUUCCUUGCUUCCAUGAGAAUAGGCAAUGGGAUGAAAUGAAAUGAAAAUCCCAGCUUGAGGAAAAACAACUUGUUGCCUGUGGAAAGCUCUCCCAGGGGAAGCCUCAGAUGCUCUAUUGCAUGUGGUUUUUAAUAUUUUUAUUGGAUGCAGUUUUAAAGAAAUCCUGUGGGGGAAAAUUACAGCCCAGAGAGAGGGGCAUGACCUAGACCAGCUUUUGAAUCUCAGAACUUUUGAUUAAUUAAUUAAAUACAAAAAGCACUUGAGUUUUCCAUUUUAUAAUUCUUUGUCCUCAAGUUCUAAGUGCUAGCAAAUAAUAUUGGUGUUAGAAUGUCAGUGGUGUUGGCACUGAAUACACAGCCUAUUGAAAUGAAGGAGGGUGUUUUACACUUGGAGAGCUGCUGCUCUGCCUAUGUAUUUCAUAGUGAGGAAUGUCAGAAGCAUUUCAGAAUCAGUGGAACAUUUUCACAACUAUAUGAACCAGAAUGUUAUUUUUUGGUGAGUGCUAAUAUUUUGUGUGAACUUGCUGAAUAACCAAAAAGUGUAGAGUGCUGUCAUCAUGUUUCUGUUUCUUCUUGUGACUGUUUUUCUGCAAGAAUUAUGUAUAAAAGUAGAGAUCACUUGAUUUUUAAAGGAGAAUUGCACUUUAAAUUGAAUUAGCUUAUUUCUAAUACUUACUGGAAUAAGACUUGCUGUGGAGUUCAAGAAUUGGUGAAACAAACCAAUGAAAUCUUUACUGUAUGCCCAAGUAGUAGCUCUGUGAUAUGUCAUACUUCUGCUUUGGAGUCUGAGUCGGGAAGACUUUUUCUUUUCCUGAAAACAAGAAUAGAUUUAAGUCCUUCCCUGAGUUAAGGGAACCUAAUGUAACCUAAUAUUAUAAAAGCAUUACAUCAUAUUUGAGUACUAGUAAUAAUGUAUCCUCUGUUAAUUUAAGUCUAUUUUGGAUAGGAAACUGUGGAAAAAUAGCUUCUGAUGUGCAAUACUAAAUUUUGUAAUUAUCUUAUUUUUAAUAUAGUUGUUUAGGAAUAAAGUCUGAAGUGACAAAAAGUAUUUAAUCAACAAUGAAUCUGAAAGUUUGGAGGUUGUGUUACAAGUUGCCUUUUGCACCUUUAAGAACCUGUCUGCAGCCUUAUUCAUAGUGCAGAAGAUGGAUAAUUUGCUUGUAACAAUUAUAAAAAUAAUUAUUUUUUCAAUGAUUUUGUUUUUCUUUCACGUUCUCUGUGUUCCAGACAGGCUAAACAUGGACUGUGCCAGGUGGUCACUGCAUGGCACCUGUAAGUACAGAUGCUGCUGUGGCAAUGCUGAGGCACAGGUUUGUCACUGUUGCUACAAGAUGUGUAGCAUUAGGCCCUCCCUCCUUCAGGUUGGAGGCUGAAAAAGCUUCCAGGUGCUUCUCAGGGUUUUUACUUCUUUCUUUCUCUCCUACUUCAUUAUUCCUUUUCUCUUCUUGCUUCCAGUGUUCUUGCUCUGCCUCUGUACUGUCCAAGGGAGUCCAGGUCCCCAAACAUUAGGGUUUGAUUUACUUGUAGCAAUGAAAUCCUAUAUGGUUUUGGAGGGCUCAGCCUCAAGCUUUGCUUGCUGAUGUAGAAAGUAAUAUUAGGCAGGACUAAGACAAAAAAAUGGUGAAAAUCCCCUGUCAUCUCCUCCAGCCUUUUGUCAGGCUUUUCUUUUAGCUCUGUGUGACGUUCCAAUGCAGACCUGAUCUUUAUGCUCUGUAAGAGGGUUUCCUAUAUAUGAAUCAUGUUCACACUCUGUGUUUGAGGAUUAUCACUGUUCUUCCUUUCCUGAGGUUUUUCUAAUGUAUAUUGUCUCCUUGGUUUCUGGAGUCAUCUUCCCCUUAAUAUUUUCUUUUCUUGAUUGGUUCCUUUCUCUACAGUAUGUCUGAGGAAGCUCAAAGCUGGGGGAGAUUAUAGAGUCAGAGCAAAUUCUUGCUGAUUGGCAGAAAGAAGAAAUAUCCCUUCUUGCCCCCUUCCUUAAGUCUUUGUGGAUUAGAUUCUCAUAUGGCUUUAUAUUCCACUGAAAAUAAAACAAGUUUUGGUGUCUUGGUGUCUUUAAAUACUAACAAUGAAGAGAGUCUGAAUAUAUCACCAGGAAAAACAACCCUCCCCCCAAGAUCUAAGUGAAAAAUAUUAAUUAAUAAUAUUGCAGACUUCAACAGGAAAGUUCUACUUCCAGAGAAUUUACUGGGUCUAAGGCAAAAGAAGGCAAGAACCUCUUUGUUUGCUGCAAGCUUUAGCAAAUAGCUGAGUAGGAAUCCUCUCAAAAGGUAUUGUUUGGUUCCUAAGUCAUAAUGGAGAUCCUGAUCAAGUUCUAGUUAUUGCAGGAUUAUUUCUUUGCUGUCUGUUAUUGACUAUUCAAAAAAUACUCUCCUUUUAGAAACCAGAGACUCUCCAACAUCUUUAACCAUUGACUUGGCUCUUCUUUAGUUGGCUGCAGCCUUUAAGCAUGAAUGCAUAUUUUCAUGUCUUCAGACUUGAAGCAAGCACAAAGAUCCAGUCAUAUAGAAUUGGGUCAUCAGUGUUUCAUUUUGUAGUAAAACACAUGCCUAAUAGACAGAGUUGCUUCUUUAGCUUUUCGGCUGCCUGACGAUAAAGUGGUCCCUGGAUAUCCCCUCCAUUUGCCACCAAGGUCAGCUUCUUCACUUUCCCAUAUGAUAUUACAUUUCAUUGGCCCUAAAUCUCACCUACAUAUUUUCUAUCAUCUGUCAUCUGCCUCCUUUCAUUGGCCUCUUAUCCCUUUGGAUCACUCCCAUUAUUGAAACACGGUGAAAUCUUCACAUGUUAAUAUGUUUUUCUUCAGGAAAUUAUAGGAAAUUCUGGCAUUAAAAAUGGGAAUGAGCAAAAAAUUUUGGAAGUGUUUAGGCAUGUGAAACUGAGCAAAAGACUGGUGCUUCACACUGUAUGGUGCAUAACUUCCUGAUAAUGAACAAUGGGAAUUUGGUCAUUGCUCAUAUAUUUAGUCUCCUAAUAUUUAAAAAUGUGUGCCCAGGAGACCUGUGAUUGAAGCUUGGCAGUACAGCAGAGACUGUUUCCUCUGAGACACAGACUUUUAUUCAGGGACCUCCUUAAUCUAAGAUUGUUUAACAGCUGUGUGGAAUAGCUGGACUCAAACACCAUCAAACUGGCCACCUCGCUUCUGACUGGAAUUAUAGGUGGAUUUCCUACAUCUCUGUUACUGCAAUUUUUGGCUGUAGGGUGAUGGAUGGAUAGUGGGAUGUUAUCCCCUGAGCUUAGGCUGCUUGGGGUUUGGUCCUCUUGUUAAACUGAACUUUAGGAGUCAACUGCUUGCCUUUUUUGGCAAGUACCCAGAUUUGGGGAGGUAUUCAAUCUGCUUGAAAUUAUAGUAAAUUUGCUGUGCUUAUAAAGUGAUUUUCCCAAAGACACAUACGUAUCACUCUUAAAUAUUUUUCCUAUAAUUUCUUAUGUCACCUGGAUUUCUUUUAAUUUAAGCACUGUAAGGAAAAUGCUUUUUUAUGUUUCUGGGCAUGCAUUUUUCUGUCUUUUUUAAGUCCACGAGUAAUACUUCACUGUUAACAUUCUUGUUCCUGAAAGGAAUUAUGGGCACUUUAACUAGGCUGACAGUGUAUAAUGGCACUGUUUGUUCUACAAUAUGGUUUAUUUGUAACUUGGCUGAAGGUGUAAUUUUCUAAAUUGAAAUACAUUGUAGACUUCAGCAGAAAAGUUGUUAUUCCUUCCCCUGUACCGCCAAUAAAAAUAAAUUAUACAGUAAACAUAAUGUUUUAGUUCUUUCCAAUAAAUUGGGAAACAAUUGUGUGGCCAAAUAUUUUGAUUUUUUUUUUUAACCUUCUGACAAUGUAUCUAUUUGGAAAUGCUUGUUUUAAAAGGUUUGCAAUUUCAGUAAGUAUUGUGUAUACCUUCAUUUACAAGUAGCAGAACCCGUUUUAAUGCUGCAGUCCUUUGAAUACUUACAGCUGUGUUUUUCUUUGCUGCUGCAUGUAAUCCCAUUAAAACUAACACAAAUCUUUUCAGAACUGGAGCUGAGAUUUAUCCUACCACCAUUUUUUGCGCCAUAUUGUCUUGUUCAUAUAUGCUGUGUUCUUAGAGCCAUCAUGACAAGCAGACUUAGCUUCAGUUAUGCUUGAUGCACACAGGACUGAUUUCUCCCAUCAUUUAAUCUUUUUCUGUAAAAUUCAAGUUUGUUUAGAAAAAGGUUUGCUUUCUUUGUGGAAACAGGCAUUCUAUUUGAAAUUGAGUUGCUUGCAAAUAGUGACUUUUUCGAAGGAGACUGUUUCUUAGUAGCCUGUGUAUGUUUCAGUUCUGUUAUUAAAAAUGGAACGCCUGCAACAUCUCCUGAAGCAGUGGAAAUAAAACCGUGUCUAGGAUAUUGAUGGUGUUUCUGAAGAAGCUACGUUCUCUGCAUGUAAGCAUGUGUGACAAAGUGGCUGCCAGUGAGAAAAUUUUAUGGCAUAUUGGUCCUUAAAGACAUCACAGCCUCUUCAUUACUCUAAGAAUAACAGUAAACUCUUUGGAAUGACUGACUUUUAUGAUAAUCACACAAAUUUAUUGCACUUCAUUUUAACAAUUUGUAUAGGCAGCUAAUUAAAUCUGAUUUAAUGCUUUGCUGUUAGGAGUGGGAUUCAGAUGUGUUUUUCAGAAGUAGUUGAAGGCAGAGUCCAGGAGUGCAAGAAAUUUGUGUGAUUAUCAUAAAAAUCAGAUGUUGUAUUCCUGGAGAUUUUUUUCUUUUUAAAUUAGAACUGUUUUGACAAAGUAGCAAUUGGAAAAUCAGAAAAAGUAAAGCUAACAACCUUAAAGUGUCAUUGGAAAUAUAUUUUGUUUUCCAAAUUCAGAAACUGAUAUGAAGAGCUGGAAGCAUUUUAAAAACCAGAGAAAUACAGGAAUUAUUCCCAAAGGGUUUCAGCAAUUAAAGAAAUAAGCAUAUUUGGUGCAGUAAGAAUAUGAAGUACCUUGGUAGGGCUGAGCAAGUGCUGCAACUGAAGCUGUGUGAGAUUGCUAGAUUGGCUAAGGAGUGUAGGUCUGAAAAAGGGGUGCUCCUUAUAACCACUGGAAAAAUGCAUUGAAUCAUAUAAAAGAUUAAUCCUGCAUUGUCAUUGCUGUCUUUUUAAAGCUUUCUAAAUUUCAGUGACAAGCAUUGUACUGUAAGAAGGCAUUUCCCAUGAAGAAUUGCAGCAUAAAACAUUUUAGAUAGUGUUUAACAUAAAGGAUUUCAGCAAUGAAGAUAAUUUGCCUAGAAAAUGGAAGUGUGUGAUUGUUAACUGCUAUGGUAAAUUGUCAAGAAAACCUUAUUGCUGGAUUUUCAAGAGGAGUUCAAUUCUGUGAACAUAAGCAUUUGCAACUACCCAGCUUGCAAUGUUGAGAGUUUCAAUGAUAUUGCACUGCUAUAGCAUAAAAAUGUAUUAUUUAACAGCUCAGAAGAAACUUUUGUGCCUAGUGUAAGGAUGGAACUAAAUGGGUCGAAUACAUCUUAAUAAUUUCAGCUUGCCUGGAAACAUACUGGCCAAAAUAUUGUUCACAUGGUGAGUGAUGAUGAGAAAUGUAUUAUUGGCCAGUGUUUCCAAUGGAAGCAUAAAAUUGUUCUUGAAAAUGGGAGCAUGUUGGCUGUUUGGCUAAAAGCCAGCAUGUGUUCUGUUAAGGUAUUAUUUCUUCAAAUAAAGAAAGAGGGAGAGACACCAUAUUAAAUAGCCCCUCGUGAUUUGAAGCAAGCAAGAUUCUGAAAGAAAGGAGUGGAAAAUAAAACAGGAGGAAAAGCUGAAGGAAAACAUAACUUUUUUCUAAAAUGUUUUAUUUUCUGAAGUAAAUCAAUGCUCUAGAAAAAUCUACCAGAGCUUCAUGAGUGAAAUAAAAUAUGUCUACCUUUGUUGGUGUGUGACAUUCCUGUGGUGGUUCCCCAGUUACUUCUGUGUGCCUGGGAAUAGCUGAUUCUAAGCAGAUACUAUGGCAACCACUGGAUUAUCUCACCUGGAUCAUAAUUUUCUAAUGACAGGAUAGGAGAAGAAUCCCUUAAAAGAAAUGAGAGCAAAACUGCUCCACCAUGUAAGUAAAUUUGAGCAAUUAUUCAUCUGCAGGAGAAUUUUAUGCAAGUUUAUUUUUACAUGCUUUCAUAACUCACACAGUUAAUGUUGAAGGGACAUAAGUUAGAGGUGGAUGUUAGAAUGUGACAGUAAUAAACUCCUAACAGCUGAAGCCUUACAUGAAUUAUUGGCUGAUAACUGGUAAAUUUACAAAAUCAGAAUAUUCCAAAACCUGUGUUUAGGUGCAGACUUACCUGGGGAAAGGCAAAAGGCUGUAUCAGGAAAACUGGUACAAAGGUGUUCAGAUAGAUCCCUUAAUGACCAGGAAAAACAAUUGGUUCUCUAAACUUCAGAAGAAACCACUGAUGCGUGUGUGAUGGUUGCUGAAAAUGAACCUGUAUUUCUUUUAUGAUAGAAUAUUUAUUUUAGUAUUUUUUUUAAGCUUUGAUGGUGGGAAUCUUAAAAGACAAACAUGGGUUUUAGAUUAUCGUUUCCUGUGAAACAAUUGUACAAUUUAUGCUUUUGCCUUGAAAAUGCCACCUUUGUUUAGAAUAUUUUCUGCUACUUGCUAAUCCAGGUUUUAAGGAAAACAAACAUUUAGUGUUGUAUUUCUGUGACACUAAACUUAGUUCCUUUGUCCUUGCCAGUAGCAAAGAUUCCUUCAUGAGCAUCUUCAAAAAUUUAUGUUUUGAAAUUAAAGCAUUUGCUGGUGUUUCUGAGGGUGUUCCUCUGUUUAAAUUGAUUCAAGCUGGUGAUGGAGACUUUUUUCCCUUAGUUGGAAAUAACGAUUGCUUGAGGCUUUUCAGGUUUACAGCUUGUGUGUGUGCACACGUGUUUUAGUAGUAUAAAUGUGAAUUCUGUGCGUGCCCUCUUUUGUGUUGGUUCUUGGGGCUAUCUGCCGGCAUUACUACUUCUUCUCACAGCAGAAAAAAUCCUCAGCAAUUAUUCAAAGUGUGCUGGCAAAGAUAGUGUCUUCAGGUCAUUGUUUUAAUGAAUCAUUGAUGGGACUGCUAUGAAUUCUACCAAAACCUAAACAGCCUUCAUCAGGGGGACUUUGGAUGAACUUUUGGACAGAUCCUGUAUAUUGUAUUUUCUGGGAAUGCCCUGAUGAAGGCAGGAAUUAUGCAUCUGACUCCAUGUUCUCAGAA